GGCAUUCCGCCGGUUCAGCCGAGCGGCGUCGGCUCCCGCGGCUCUGGGCGGCGCGGUAGUCGGACCCGGGCGCCCGCUGGCCCACGGAGGCGGCGGCGACGACGAUGACGACGAUGGCCCCCUGAGCAGGUUGGCGCCAGAUAGCGGCGGGCGGGCGGGAGCCGCGGUCCUGCCCGCGUUGGAGCCUAGACUGGUCGCGCCUCUUUGUCUCCGGGCGGAAGUGGGACGCGCGGCGGGGACGCGGCGGCCGCACCAUGAGCGACAUCCGCCACUCGCUGCUGCGGCGCGACGCGCUGAGUGCUGCCAAGGAGGUGCUGUACCACCUGGACAUCUACUUCAGCAGCCAGCUGCAGAGCGCACCGCUGCCCAUCGUGGACAAGGGCCCCGUGGAGCUGCUGGAAGAGUUCGUGUUCCAGGUGCCCAAGGAGCGCGGCGCGCAGCCCAAGAGACUGAAUUCGCUCCAGGAGCUCCAGCUUCUUGAAAUCAUGUGCAGUUAUUUCCAGGAGCAAAGCAAGGACUCUGUGCGGCAGAUCAUUUUCUCCUCCCUUUUCAGCCCCCAAGGGAACAAAGCUGACGACAGCCGGAUGAGCUUGUUGGGAAAGCUGGUCUCCAUGGCCGUGGCUGUGUGUCGGAUCCCAGUGUUGGAAUGUGCGGCCUCCUGGCUCCAGCGCACGCCUGUGGUCUACUGCGUGAGACUUGCUAGGGCCCUAGUGGAUGACUACUGCUGUUUGGUGCCAGGCUCGGUUCAGACAUUGAAGCAGAUCUUCAGUGCCAGUCCCCGUUUCUGCUGCCAGUUCAUAACAUCCGUGACUGCGCUCUAUGACCUGUCAUCAGAUGACCUCAUCCCACCUUUGGACUUGCUUGAAAUGAUUGUCAGCUGGACUUUUGAGGACCCGAGGUUGAUACUCAUCACGUUUUUAAAUACCCCCAUUGCUGCCAACCUGCCCAUAGGGUUCUUAGAGCUCACGCCCCUCAUUGGCUUGAUCCGCUGGUGCGUGAAGGCCCCUCUGGCUUACAAAAGGAAGAAGCCUUGCCUCUCCAACGGCCACAUCGGUCACAAGGUCGCCAAGGACUCAGGCACAGGCACGGAGAGAGACUCACACCUGCUGUACUCAAAGCUUCACCUGAGUGUCCUGCAGGUCCUUAUGACACUCCAGCUGCACCUGACCGAGAAGAAUCUGUAUGGGCGCCUGGGACUCAUCCUGUUUGACCACAUGGUCCCGCUUGUAGAGGAGAUCAACAGACUGGCAGAUGAACUGAACCCCCUCAAUGCCUCCCAGGAGAUCGAGCUUGCACUGGACCGCUUGGCCCAGGCAUUGCAGGUAGCCAUGGCAUCAGGAGCCCUGCUCUGCACGAGAGAUGACCUGAGAACCUUGUGCUCUCGGCUACCUCACAACAACCUGCUCCAGUUGGUGAUCUCAGGCCCAGUGCAGCAGUCGCCACACACCGCUCUUCCCCCUGGGUUCUACCCGCACAUCCACACACCCCCGCUUGCCUAUGGGGCUGUGCCAGCCCACCCAGCUGCCCACCCAGCCCUGCCUACGCACCCAGGGCACACCUUCAUCUCAGGCGUGACAUUUCCAUUCAGGCCCAUCCGCUAGGCUGGCCAUUCUGAGCCUCCAAGUGGCUGUGUGCCAAGGAAGCCUUCAGAGAGGGUGCUGGCCCCAUGAACAAGGACCCCUGGAAGGCAGCAGGUGGUCCUUCCAGCUGGCAGAACCAUCUUGGUACUGAUGUCCCAAGUUGCCGUUGCCUGGGUGCUUCCUACUUGGUCAUGUUAAAUAUCCAGAUUGGAUAGAUGAAAGGGAGCGCACUCAGCCCUCUGCAGAGAGCUCUGUGGGUGUUUUUAAAUAUGCCAGUCCCAGAGUGAUGGUGUCACUCACGCACAGACACCCUCAGCCUGCCACAGGGAAUGCUGGCGGGUAAGCCGCCUCUCGGGUCCAUUUGCCCUGCCUCAGGAAUGUGACGUGUCCCUGCCACUAACACACGUUUUCGGCAGCUCCAUGAGCUCAGAGUGCGGAGGGAGAGACCCAUGCUUGUAUGCAGCACUGGGCACUGCUCAGGGACACCUGUUGGGAUUCCCCAUCACCUUGGAAAGGAUCUUCUGUGUUUUAUUUGGGGGUAUCUCUAAAUUUUCCUUUCAUGUGUUCAAAAUAAAUUUUUUCUAAACAGUUU